AAUAUAUACAUUGCAGUGUAAUGGUUUUAAGCAAGAGUGUGGCAGAUCAGGGUGGCGUUCAGAGAGAUGAUAGAGCCCCGGUCACUUGCCACCUCUGUAUUGGGAUAAGGCUCCGAGCUAGCUACUGAUAUUUUCUUCUCUACCUCGGACAGCAACCGGUACUAAUCCCCUGUUGCAUAACUAGAAGGGACUGCAGGGGAGAUGAUCUUGUGUGGAUACGUAUGUCGGGGCAGUACUAGGAAAUAAACCAGGAAAGGUAACUGAAGGCUGUUUUAUAGGAAAUCAUUGAGUGCCAAGCUUCUUCAGCACGACUGGCCGUUACUGACUCUGUCCAUCAGAUAGUCGGAGGCCUCGAGGGUUGAUGAACAUGGAUCCACACUGACAGAAAACCAAGUGUGCAGACAUUGAGGUCCAGCUCUCAGUCCCCUUUUGUGUGGGAAGAAGGAACUGGGUCUAUCUGAAAGGAAAGCUUCUGCAUCUCAGCAGCGCGGGUCAGUGCAAGAUGGACCCCGUGGUCUUGAGUUACAUGGACAGUCUGCUGCGGCAGUCAGAUGUCUCGCUGUUGGACCCCCCAAGCUGGCUCAACGACCAUAUCAUCGGGUUCGCCUUUGAGUACUUUGCCAACACUCAGUUCCACGACUGCUCGGACCGCGUCUGCUUCAUUAGCCCCGAAGUCACCCAGUUCAUCAAGUGCACUCGCAGCCCAGCGGAGGUGGCCAUGUUCCUUGAACCCCUGGACCUCCCCCACAAGAGAGCUGUGUUUUUAGCCAUCAACGAUAACUCCAACCAGACAGCUGGGGGGACCCACUGGAGUUUGUUGGUUUAUCUCCAAGAUAAAAAUAGCUUUUUUCAUUACGAUUCCCAUAGCAGGAGCAAUUCGGUUCAUGCAAAGCAGGUAGCAGAGAAACUGGAAGCUUUCUUAGGCAGAAAAGGAGACAAACUGGUCUUUGUGGAGGAGAAAGCCCCUGCUCAACAGAACAGCUACGACUGUGGGAUGUACGUGAUAUGUAACACCGAGGCCUUGUGUCAGAGCCUCUUUAGGCAACAGCCGGACUCCCUGCUGCAGCUACUCACGCCUGCAUACAUCACGAAGAAGAGGGGAGAGUGGAAAGACCUCAUCGCCAGACUGGCCAAGAAUUAGCCCGGCAGCGCGUCGGGGACUUGGUCUCUCCCUGCCCUUCCCCGUUCAGUGGACAGCUGCCGUCUCGGUGCCCGAGGGAGGACGCCUGUGGAGGGAAGCUUGUGCUCAGACUUGUUCCUGGAACAGCGCCUCCUCUGCACUAUCUUAGUGGGAAGUUUAACUUUAACCCUGUCUUGAGGGCGGUAUAUUCUGGGAACACGUCUUGAAAUUAUACACCAAAACCUUAAACCGCAGUAUCUUAGCGUUUGCUACACACGAGGUUCAAGUAAAACCUUUCCUUUUUUAUUGCCAUAAAAUCAAUUCCUUUUAGUCCCUCUUAUCCACAUUAGCUUAUUCCAAAGAAAAGGCUGCGACCUGUAAACUAGUCAAGAAUACGCGUGGGGCCAGCAGGUGGCCUGGUGGUUCAAAGCACUGGACUCCCACAUGGCCAACCAAGGUUCGAGUCCCAGACCUGGUGGCUUGCUUU